AUGGAAAAUGAGCUCACAACUCUCAAAAACCAAAUGCAAACAUUGGUUGCCUACAUUGCUUCUAGAGAUGACGUUCCUGCUCAUUUUACUGCUAUGGUUGCUGGUUUGGUACAUACUUCGGUUAAUGCGGUACUCGAUGUUGGAAGUGGUGCUCCAUCACCUAUUGGUAUAAGAAGAUCAAGCGAGGCAGAAAAGACAAUGGAUGUUCCAAGUGAAGCUGCAGAAGACAAAAAUGCAAUGAACAAGGAUAUGUACGUGCGUAUGAGGAAUGAUCCACGGCUGUAUGAUACUGUUUCUGAUAUAAUUUCGUGUUUUUCGUGGUAUGUUGAAGUUUUCUUUCGAAUGGCAAUGGCGAACAGAAGGCGUAGAAAUACCGCUGGCGCUGAUGAGAUUGCUAAUGCAAUCCAUAGGAUGGUGGAUGCGAUGCAGCCUGUGGCAGCACCACCGCGAGCUAUGAUUCCACCGGUCAGGCCAGUGACGAUGGAGGACUUCAUGCGCCAUAAGCCAGCUAAAUUCACUGGGAAAGCCACCCCAGAUGAGGCGGAUGCAUGGCUCCGAGAGUGCGAGAAGAUAUUCAGGGUGAUAGAGUGCUCGGAGGCCCAGAAACUUAACUUCGCCACCUUUCUACUGGUGACCGAGGCUGAGUACUGGUGGAUAGGUAUGCAGCAGCAGAUGACAAACCGAGCCGAAGAAGUGACUUGGACUAGCUUCAGGGCGAGAUUUUUGGAGAAGUACUUUCCGGAUAGCGCUAAACAUGAGCGCGAGGCGGAGUUUCUCACCCUGCAGCAGGGAAGUUUGUCAGUGCAGGAUUAUGUGGAGAGGUUCGAGUACCUCUCGAGGUUCUACUCUCAGACGGUGACAGAAGAAUGGCGCUGUAGGAAGUUUGAGGGCGGUCUCAGGCAUGAACUGAGGCGUUUCAUCGUGCCACUGAGGGUGCGAGAGUUCCCUGUCUUGGUGGAGCAGGCCAAGAGUGUGGAGCAGCUGGAGAAAGGACCCAGUCAGGUGAACCGUACACAGAGGAAUAUUACUGAGGGCAGAUUCCAGAAGAAGCCCUACAGUAGACCCACCGCGUCUUCAUGGAAACCCAGAUGCUAUAACUGCGGGGGUGAACAUCUGCAGAGGAAUUGUACUAGACCCGCCCGCAGCGGAGGCAGUGGUAUGAGCACUCGUAAGUGCUAUGCAUGUGAUCAGCCAGGACACUUUGCUGAUAGGUGUCCUAAUAGGAAGACUGCGCCAACAUCACGACCUCAGCCAUCAUCUUCAGACAGGCCGAGAGCUGCAGGCCGGGUUUUCGCCAUGACCAGCACAGAGGCCACCCGGUCAGGUAACCUGAUUCUAGACCAUUGCUUGCUUUAUGGUAACAGUGUGCUAGUGUUGUUUGACUCAGGAGCUUCGCACUCCUUCAUAUCCCAUGACUGUGUGAAGAAAUUGGGGUUGUCUACUCGUGACCUCGGAUGCGAGUUGAUAGUCUCGACACCCGCAUCUGGACAGGUUUCAACAAACAUAGCCUGUGUUGGAUGCUUGAUGGAGGUGGAGGGCAGACGCUUCAAGGUGAAUCUAGUCUGCUUGCCCUUGGAGGGAUUGGAGGUUAUACUGGGAAUGGACUGGCUGUCUAUCAACCACGUGGUGCUUGAUUGUGGACGGCGCAGAAUUGUGUUCCCAGAAACAGAAGGGAUAAAGUUAGUGACAUCUGGAGAGGCAGUGAAAGAGAUGGAGAAUGGGUCGACUUGCUUCGUGAUAGUGGCCCAAGAGAAGAAGAUGAGUACAGAAGAGCAGAUCAGUAAGAUACCGGUGGUGGAUGAAUAUGCCGACGUAUUUCCAGACGAGAUACCCGAGUUACCACCCAGCCGGGAUAUAGAUUUCUCAAUUGAUCUAAUCCCUGGAGCGGGUCCAUUGACGAUAAAGAACAAAUACCCGCUGCCUAGAAUCGACGAUUUGCUUGAUCAGCUCAGAGGGGCAGGAGUAUUCUCCAAGAUUGACUUGAGGUCUGGCUAUCAUCAGAUCUUAGUCAAGCCAGAAGACGUCCAGAAGACAGCGUUUAGAUCGAGAUAUGGACAUUACGAGUAUGUCGUGAUGCCCUUUGGAGUGACGAAUGCCCCAGCUGUCUUCAUGGAUUAUAUGAACCGCAUCUUUAGACCGUACCUGGACAAAUUCGUGGUGGUAUUUAUAGAUGACAUACUCAUCUACUCACGGACUAAAGAGGAUCCAUUAACUCAACUCACUAGGAAGGAUCAACCCUUCUCGUGGACUGACAAGUGUGACGAGUGCUUUGAAGAGAUGAAAAGGAGGUUGACUACCGCUCCGAUUCUGAUUAUUCCAGAUACCAGCAAGAUGUUUGAGGUAUACUGCGAUGCAUCCUAUCAGGGUCUGGGUUGUGUAUUAAUGCAGGAGAAGAGGCCGGUGGCUUAUGCCUCUAGACAGUUGAAGGUGCACGAGAAAAACUACCCUACCCACGAUCUGGAGUUGGCUGCUGUAGUCCUGAAAUACCUGUUCGACCAGAAGGAGCUAAAUAUGAGACAGCGGCGCUGGAUGGAAUAUCUCAAGGACUAUGAUUUUGAGUUGCUUUACCAUCCUGGUAAGGCUAAUGUAGUUGCAGACGCCUUGAGUCGGAAACGGAUGCACAUCUCAGCUAUGAUGGUGAAGGAAUUGGAAUUAAUUGAGAAGCUCCGGGAUAUGAAUCUGGGUAUGCAGCUGAGUGAAGAUUGCAUCCAAUGUGGAGUGCUUACCGUGACUAGUGAUGUACUGGGGGUUAUCAGGGAUGGACAGAAGAAUGAUGCUGAGUUACAGCAAUUUGUGAGUUGGAUAGGGACUGAGAAGGGGAAAGACUACCGCAUUGGGACAGAUGGUAUUCUGAGGUUCAGAGAUCGAAUCUGUGUGCCUGGGGAUUGGAGGUUGAGGAAGCAGAUUCUAGAGGAGGGCCAUAAAAGCCGUCUUAGCAUACACCCAGGUAUGACUAAGAUGUAUCACGACCUGAAACAGUCCUUUUGGUGGAACGGGAUGAAGACCGACAUUGCUGACUUCGUGGCAUCAUGCUUGGUAUGUCAGAAGGCCAAGAUUGAACACCAGCGACCAGGGGGUACACUUGAGUCAUUGGACAUCCCUCAGUGGAAAUGGGAUAGUAUUGCCAUGGACUUCGUCACUCACUUGCCGAAGUCUGUGAAGGGGCACGACUCUAUCUGGGUAAUUGUAGACAGAUUGACAAAGUGUGCCCACUUCCUUGCUAUUAAUCAGAAGUGGUCAAUGGAUAGAUUGGCCGAGUUGUACGUGAAGGAAGUGGUCAGAUUGCAUGGUGUGCCGGCCAGCAUAGUGUCAGAUAGAGACCCGAGAUUCACAUCUCGCUUCUGGCAGUCAUUGCAGGCAGCGUUGGGGACUCAGUUGAGGAUGAGUUCUGCAUACCAUCCUCAAACUGAUGGGCAGUCGGAGCGUACCAUUCAGUCUUUGGAGGAUCUAUUGAGGGCUUGUGUAUUAGACCACAUGGGUAGUUGGAGUGAGAUGCUUCCCUUAGUGGAGUUCACAUACAACAACAGCUAUCACACCAGCAUCGGUAUGGCUCCGUAUGAAGCAUUGUAUGGACGGCGGUGUAGGACGCCACUGUGUUGGAACCAGGAUGGAGAAUCAUUGGUGUUGGGUCCGGAGUUUUUACAGCAAACCUCUGAGAAGGUUAGGGCGAUCCAGGAGAGAAUGAGGGCUACACAGAGCAGACAAAAGUCCUAUGCGGACAAGAGGAGACGACCUCUCGAGUUUGAGGCUGGAGACCAUGUGUUCCUCAGGGUGACACCGACGGCUGGUAUUGGGAGGGCCAUCAAAUCGAGGAAGUUAACACCGAGGUUUGUUGGGCCUUAUCAGAUUCUGAGGAGAAUUGGGGUUGCAGCUUAUGAGAUAGCCCUACCACCACACCUGACGAAUCUGCAUAAUGUGUUUCACGUUUCUCAGUUGAGGAAAUAUGUUGCAGAUCCGUCACACAUACUGGAGUCGGAUGACAUACAGAUUCGGGAGGAUUUGACGGUGAGCACUGGACCAGUGCGAAUUCUGGACUCACAGGUGAAGCAGCUGAGGGGAAAGGAAAUUAAGACUGUGAAGGUGCUGUGGAAUGAGACUACUCAGGAGAUGACUUGGGAGAUGGAGGAUCGCAUGAAGCAAUCCUAUCCACACUUAUUCUCUGGCUGUAUGAUACUGUUUCUGAUAUAA